ACCAAACAAAACCACAGCAAAGAAAUACAAAGUUUCCUUAUACUACAUAUCACACUACGCCAUGAGUGUUGCAGUCAAGGUUUGCGGCCAAGUACCCGCUGUGGAGAAGUGGAUUAAAAUCCCCGAUGUUAGUGGCCACUGCGUGCAAGAGGUCGCAAAGCUUGCGGUGGAACAGUUCAACGUUCAACAUGGACACAGUCUUAAAUACGAUAGCAUUCAUGAAGGUUGGUAUUGUGAACUGGGUCAAAACAACCUAAAGUACCGUCUUCAUAUUAGGGCGAUAGACUUUCUUCAACGCUCUCUCUUGUAUGAAGCACUUGUGUUCGAAGAGAAACCUAAGCUUGAAAGAAUCAGAAAGUUGAUAUCUUUCCUCUAUUUGUUGAAUGGUGGACACUAUGUUGGGCCGGUGGAUCCACCCCAAGUGGAGAAGUGGAUUAAAAUUCCUGAUCUUCGAGUGCCAUUUGUGCAAGAAGUAUCAAAGUUUGCAAUAGAUGAGUACAAUAAAGGUGGAGAAGGCUUAAAAUACGUUGAAAUCUACGACGGUUGGUAUGCAGAGAUGGGUCAAGACAACAUAAAGUUUCGCCUUCAUGUUAAGGCGAAAGACUGCUUGGGACGUUUGCGCAACUACGAGGCUAUUGUUCUUGUUAAGCAGUUUUUGUCGAAGAAAAUCAAGAUUCUCGAAUCUUUUAAGGUUUUGGAUCAAGGAAAGGUUUCGCCUGGUUGGAACCAAAUACCAGAUGUUAAGGAGCUUGGCUUGCAAGUGGUUAUAAAGUUUAUUGUGGAACAGAUCAAAAUUAAAUUUGGAGAUAGUUUGAAAUUUGAAAUCGUUUAUGAAGGUUGGUAUUUUGAGUUGUGCCCAAACAGCCUAAAGUACCGUUUCCAUGUUAAGGUGAUAGACUUUUUGGGGCGUUCUCUCAAAUUUGAGAUUAUUAUAAUCGAGGAGAGACGUGUCCUUCUAAGAAUCUGGAAGCUGGACUCUAUCAUUGUCAUAGUAUCUCCUGAACCUCAAGAGAAGAAGUGGAUAACAAUUCCUAAUGUUCAGGUGCCAUUAGUGCAAGAGUUAGCAAAGUUUGCCGUGGAUGAGCAUAACAAAAACGGAGAUGGCCUAAAGUACAUUGAAGUCUACGAAGGCUGGUUUAUGGACCUGGGUCAUGAUAACAUAAAGUUUCGUCUUCAUCUUAAGGCGAAAGACUGGUUGGGACGUAUACGCAACUAUGAGGCUGUUGUGCUUGUUGAGCACUUUUGGUCCAAGAGAAUCAAGAUUCUCGAAUCUUUCAAGUUAUGCGGUCCUCUCGUUUUUGAACCAAAGUGGAUUCAAAUACCUAAUCUUAAGGAGCUUGGCUUGCAAGUGGUUAUAAAGUUUAUUGUGGAACAGAUCAAAAUUAAAUUUGGAGAUAGUUUGAAAUUUGAAAUCGUUUAUGAAGGUUGGUAUUUUGGGUUGUGCCCAAACAGCCUAAAGUACCGUUUCCAUGUUAAGGUGAUAGACUUUUUGGGUCGUCCUCUCAAAUUUGAGGUUGUUAUUAUCGAGGAGAUACGUGACCAUCUAAGAAUAUGGAAGCUGGACUCUAUCAUUGCCAUAGUAUCUCCUGAACCUCAAGAGAAGAAGUGGAUAAAAAUUCCUAAUGUUCAGGUGCCAUUAGUGCAAGAGUUAGCAAAGUUUGCCGUGGAUGAGCAUAAUAAAAACGGAGAUGGCCUAAAGUACAUUGAAGUCUACGAAGGCUGGUUUAUGGACCUGGGUCAUGAUAACAUAAAGUUUCGUCUUCAUCUCAAGGCGAAAGACUGGUUGGGACGUAUACGCAACUAUGAGGCCGUUGUGCUUGUCGAACACUUUUGGUCCAAGAGAAUCAAGAUUCUCGAAUCUUUCAAGUUUUGCGGUCCUCUCGUUUUUGAACCGAAGUGGAUUCAAAUCCCUAAUCUUAAGGAGCCCGGCUUUCAAGUGGUUAUAAAGUUUAUUGUGGAACAGAUCAAAAUUAAAUUUGGAGAUAGUUUGAAAUUUGAAAUCGUUUAUGAAGGUUGGUAUUUUGAGUUGUGCCCAAACAGCCUAAAGUACCGUUUCCAUGUUAAGGUGAUAGACUUUUUGGGGCGUUCUCUCAAAUUUGAGAUUAUUAUAAUCGAGGAGAGACGUGUCCUUCUAAGAAUCUGGAAGCUGGACUCUAUCAUUGUCAUAGUAUCUCCUGAACCUCAAGAGAAGAAGUGGAUAAAAAUUCCUAAUGUUCAGGUGCCAUUAGUGCAAGAGUUAGCAAAGUUUGCCGUGGAUGAGCAUAACAAAAACGGAGAUGGCCUAAAGUACAUUGAAGUCUACGAAGGCUGGUUUAUGGACCUGGGUCAUGAUAACAUAAAGUUUCGUCUUCAUCUUAAGGCGAAAGACUGGUUGGGACGUAUACGCAACUAUGAGGCUGUUGUGCUUGUUGAGCACUUUUGGUCCAAGAGAAUCAAGAUUCUCGAAUCUUUCAAGUUAUGCGGUCCUCUCGUUUUUGAACCAAAGUGGAUUCAAAUACCUAAUCUUAAGGAGCUUGGCUUGCAAGUGGUUAUAAAGUUUAUUGUGGAACAGAUCAAAAUUAAAUUUGGAGAUAGUUUGAAAUUUGAAAUCGUUUAUGAAGGUUGGUAUUUUGGGUUGUGCCCAAACAGCCUAAAGUACCGUUUCCAUGUUAAGGUGAUAGACUUUUUGGGUCGUCCUCUCAAAUUUGAGGUUGUUAUUAUCGAGGAGAUACGUGACCAUCUAAGAAUAUGGAAGCUGGACUCUAUCAUUGCCAUAGUAUCUCCUGAACCUCAAGAGAAGAAGUGGAUAAAAAUUCCUAAUGUUCAGGUGCCAUUAGUGCAAGAGUUAGCAAAGUUUGCCGUGGAUGAGCAUAAUAAAAACGGAGAUGGCCUAAAGUACAUUGAAGUCUACGAAGGCUGGUUUAUGGACCUGGGUCAUGAUAACAUAAAGUUUCGUCUUCAUCUCAAGGCGAAAGACUGGUUGGGACGUAUACGCAACUAUGAGGCCGUUGUGCUUGUCGAACACUUUUGGUCCAAGAGAAUCAAAAUUCUCGAAUCUUUCAAGUUUUGCGGUCCUCUCGUUUUUGAACCGAAGUGGAUUCAAAUCCCUAAUCUUAAGGAGCCCGGCUUUCAAGUGGUUAUAAACUUUAUAGUGGAGCAACUCAAAAUUAUACUUGGAGAUUGUUUGAAAUUCCAUAGCAUUUAUGAAGGUUGGUAUUUUGAAUUGUGCCCAAUUAGCCUAAAGUUCCGUUUGCAUAUCAAGGCGAUAGACUUUCUGGGACGGUGUCUCAAUUAUGAAAUUAUUAUUAUCGAAGAGAAACGAAUUUUCAAGCUGGAAUCUAUCAUCGUCAUAUUGUCUCCUGGACACUGCGUUGGGCCGGUGGAUCCACCCAAGGUCGAGAAGUGGAUUAAAAUCAGUAAUCUUCAGUUUGCAUUCCUACAAGAGGUAUCAAAGUUUGCGUUGGAUGACUUCAACGUUAAAUCUGGAGAUAGCCUCAGAUUUGAUGGCAUUUACGAUGGUUGGUAUAUGGAGAUGGGUCAGGACAACAUAAAGUUUCGUAUUCAUUUAAGGGCAAAAGACUGUCUGAGUCGUGUGCACCACUAUGAAGCUUAUGUGUAUGUAAAGCAGUUUCUCAGUAAAAGAAUCAAGAUCGUCGAAUCUUUUAAGCUUAUCGAAAGGAAGUGUUGAAACUCCCCUUUGUAUUUUGUAACAUGCGAUAGUUACAAAAAAAAUCGUGUUUGGCUAUCUAUAAAGAAAUAGUCAUGCAAGAAUGAAAUAAAUCUUUUUCAAGCUA